AUGUUUAACACUGCCGGGAAGAUUAGCUUAUUGAAUAACUUGGUCCGUAGCUCUCCAUUGCGAGUAUGUUGUUAUGAACUAUUCAAGGCUAAUAUAUGCUCAUCGAAUACAUUAAGAAAAAAGAGAGUACCUAGGGAAGAAAAAAAAACUAUUGUUUCACCCGUUAUCAAUUUAAAACCAAAACAAAAGAAAACCAUCGAUAUCUGGAAAAAUAUGACCGUAUCGGAAUUGGCAAGUGCGACUGGAAUACCUGUAGAUAAUGUUCUUAAAAUAAUUGAAUUAGGUCAAAAUGCACAUUUGUAUUUUGAACCUACAAGUGUAAUGGAUAAUGUUUCAAUCCUUCGUGAAAUUGUUAAAAAGUGUGGAUUUAAAUCUAACUUAACAUCAAACCCUAAUACAAAUAAAAAAUUGUCUGAUGAUCAUUUGAAGGAUGCCAUUAAAAGACCUCCCGCACCAUAUGAAUCUACAAUUGUGAGAAAUCCAGUUGUAACAAUAAUGGGUCAUGUGGAUCAUGGAAAAACCACAUUAUUAGAUACUCUAAGGAAUGCAUCUGUGGCUAAAUCUGAGUUUGGUGCUAUUACGCAGCAUAUUGGUGCUUUUCCAGUUAUUUUAGAGAAUGGGAAAAAAAUAACAUUUUUAGAUACACCUGGACAUGCUGCCUUUGCGACUAUUAGAAGUCGAGGUGCACAAGUAACAGAUAUUGUUGUAUUAGUAGUAGCAGCUGAUGAUGGAGUCAAGGAACAAACUAUUGAGUCAAUUCGAAUGGCUAAACAUGCAAAAGUUCCAAUAAUUGUGGCAAUCAACAAAAUAGACAAGCCAACAGCAAAUAUAGAACGUUGUAAGAAAAUGUUGCAAACUCAAGGGGGAUUGGACCUUGAAGAAUUUGGUGGUACUGUUCAAGUAGUUCAAAUAUCUGCCUUGCAUGGUACUAAUUUCAACGAUUUAAUUGAAUCAAUUCUAACUCAAGCUGAAGUAUUGGAUUUACGUGCUGAUCCUAACCCUCCAGCUGAAGGAGUAAUAAUAGAAUCAAAACUUGAUAAUCAAAAAGGAAAAUUAGCAACAGUUCUUGUUCAACGUGGGAAAUUAUUGAAUAAUAGUAUACUUGUAGCUGGCACUGUCUGGGGAAGAGUACGAACCAUGAUGGAUCAUCAAAACAAUGUUCUUCAAGAAGCUAACCCGUCUGAUGCAAUUCAAUUAAUAGGUUGGAAAGACUUACCACAAGCUGGACAAGAAUUUUUACAAGUUUCAUCUGAUAGACGUGCGCGAGAAGUAGUUGAUUAUCGAAUAUCUAAAUCUAUAGAACAAAAACAAAUUGAAGAUAGCAUUUAUAUUUCAUCAAAACUUGAACAGCAUAAUAAGGAGUAUCAAAGUCAUCUGGCAGAGAAAAAAAAGGGUGGCAUUUUCAGAAGAAGAAAGUUUAGUACAGUGUAUCAAGAAAAACAAUUAGAAAAUAGAAAAAAUGUUAAAGAAGACGAAAUUUGUUUAAAUGUUGUAGUCAAAGGAGAUGUCAUUGGAUCUGUUGAGGCAAUCUUAGACGUAUUAGAAACUUAUGAAAGUAAUCAAUGCAAAUUAGAUAUUGUUCAUUAUGGUGUAGGUAAUGUAUGUGUUACUGAUAUUGAGUAUGCUGAUGCUUUCAAAGCUAUAGUUUAUGCCUUUAAUGUUGGUUCAUUAAAAGAUGCAGAGGAAAAUGCUAAACAAAAUGGUAUCACUAUUAAACAACAUAAUAUAAUCUACAAACUGGUAGAUGAUAUAAAAGAAGAAAUGAACAAUUGUUUACCACCAGUUGAAGUUGAGGAUGUACAAGGGGAAGCCAAUGUGUUACAAGAAUUUUUAAUUAAUGAAAAUAAAAAAAAAAUUCCUGUAGCUGGAUGUAGGUGUACAAGUGGUACACUGAAAAAAGCAGCACUUUUUAAAGUUAUUCGUGAUCAGGAUACAGUUCUUUAUAGAGGUAAAUUAUCAUCUUUGAGACAUCUAAAAGAUGAAGUGGCCACAAUCAAGACAAAUAUGGAAUGUGGGUUACGGUUAGAAGAUACAAAUAUUAGACUGAACCCAGGUGAUAAAAUAGUGUGCUAUACGUUGCGGGAACAACAACAAAAAAUUACUUGGGAAACUGGUUUCUAA